AUGUCUUCCCGCGCCUCUGUCAAGUCUCCUACCCCCGGAUCCUCAUCCACCUCUGGAGGAAAAGCUCCUCAGAGCCUGGCCCAGGAAGUCGAGGACCAGAAAAUGAAGGACGACUCAGACAGCGAGGACGACACCGAAGAACUCAAGCGACAGCUCGACAAAACCACCAAGGACUUCAAGGAGAUGCGCGACAUGUUCAACCAAAACGCCACUGCUCUCAAGGAACUUCAGGAGCAAGCGCGCAAGACUUAG